ACUAAAGAGCAAAGCACCGGCAAAAGAGAACCCAAAAAAAGACUAAGGAAAGAAACAAAGACUAUUUUCCUUUUCACAGGGAAGUUACAUUCGUUCAGUGUACGCUGCAAAGGUUUUACAGGAUAAUUGGAAUUCCGGCAAGGAAAGAGUCAUUUCAGUGCUGCGGAGGACAACUGUUGCAUCAAAAGGGCUUGGAAAAAUCGAAAUAAAUUGGUAUGCAAAUGAUGAGAGGUGAUUGGUUCCUUGGGUUGUAAAGCUAACAGCACAAAUACUCAGUUCAUCCAUCAAUGUCUACCAACAUAUGAGCAAACAAGCAAGCCAAGGGAGACAACAACAAAGGGUGCAAAGAGGCAGAUAGAACCAAAGAAAGACAAAUCGGUAAAAUUUCAAAGCAUAACCAAGCAGUUCGUCUUGAGAUAUUAUCAGAAUGGCAAAGGUUAAUGAAGAGGUAAAAGGGUUAAGUAAGAAAUGUGAUUUAAGCAAGAAUGACAGGCAGGGAUUACGCAAAAGGUCUCAUAUGACCGAGACACAGGAUGCAAAGCAAGGCGACCACGUUGGAGAGAGAGAAAUAAAGAGGCCCAGAAGAGCAGGGGAAAAGGAGAACUCAGUCGUCUACCCCUGGAUGUUAGAUAACCGCAGCAAAAAACCAGAUACAAAAAAUGAAAAUAAAAGUCCAAGAGGGAGAGAAAAUGGAAGCCAAAGCCAGUUUAAAUACAGUCAAAGGCAGCUGUUUGAAUUGGAAAAGGAGUUCCACACUUUGAAUUACCUCACAAGCACAAAACGAAAAGAACUGGCACAAUCCUUGGGCCUAGAAGAAAAGCAAGUAAAAGUUUGGUUUCAAAACCGAAGAAUGAGACAGAAGAAGCAAAGGUCAAAUAAAAACAUAUCACACAAAACGUACGAGGCUGACAACGUGUCAAAAGGUAGUAAAGUUUCUCGUGUAUUGCACUACUUCAGUGAUGUUCCAAAUUCUGUCUCAAAAGAAAAACCGCAUAACGAUAUUUCCAAUGAAUUGGAGGAGAUCAUUUCAAACAUAAACCUGAAGAGAUUGCCACAUAAGUCAAUGAGUGAUGGACAGUUAUCUAGCAACAUUAAUGAUCCAACUGCCUGUUUUCCAUAUGCAGAGCUACCAGCACAAUUUAGGACGAUGCAAGGAGAGAUAAAUAACAGUUUCAGUCUGGAACAUUCUGAAAACAGUGGUUUUGAAAAGUUUAGAAAGAGUGUCAAUCAAAACAGUUUUUAUCUAAAUUGGAUCCAUCCGAGCUUAUAUGCCCAAUACCUUUUGUAAAGUACUAGGUUCAUAAAUUAACACUAGUUCCAUGUUUAGUGCUGUUUAUUUACCUAGAUAGCAGACUUAAAUGUUUUUAUAGGAUUCUAAUUUUUAAGCAUUUCUGUAGAAAUUUUCAACUUGUAAAUUGUAAAGAUUUGUUAUUUAAAAGGGCUUUGUAUUUAAAUACUGCAGGCGUCAAGUUUCUCGAUUUCUUUUAAGAAUAAUUCAGAUUUCCAAUGUGAUAAUGACUGAAAACGUCAUUUGAUAACAGUUUUUAUACGACAGCUAGACUAUUUAAAAUUAUGUAGUGAACAACAGGCACAUUUGGACUUAAUGAUAUUUUGAAGUAAUUUGAUCUUUCAGUGUUUGAUAUUGCAUAAAGCAUUUAUUUUAUACAAGCAUUUAUAGAUCCAAGUGUCACGUGAAUUUAUUAACAAAAUAUUUUGCAAUUUGAGCAAUUUAUUGCGUAGCCUAUGCGAUUGGAGCAGUUGAAUAGAAUUGUUAUCGUGAGUGCAUGAUACCUAAGAUAUUUAUUUUCAAAAAGAUUUAACUGUUGUUGCUAAUAUGUUGAUAAAGCGUGGAUUUGGCAAUUAAUGUAUUCGUUUUUCAAAUGUUUCUCAAAUUACCAUCCAGAUUCCCUACAAUUAGGCCAAAUGGUUGCAGAAAUUCAAUAUUCAAAUAGCUUAACAAUCUUUUUCUCAUUCUUUUUCUAAAUCGGUUACAAAGAAAAAGCUAUUUGUCAUUUUGCAUAUUUCAAUCAUACCUUUUAUAAACCAUGAAUAGGAGAUUGUUUUCUUUUUUAUAAACUUAACCCAGCAAAAGACAAGGCAAUCUUUACAAAAUAGAAAAUUUACAUGAAGGCAGCAUUCUUAUUUUCUUGCGCAUUUGAAUAAAGAUGGCAAUAAAAUAAACACAUAAGAAAGCUUAUGUAAAGAGGAAACAAAAGACUUAAAAU